AUGAGAAAGAAACUGGUGCUGCCAGAAAAGUCGAUUUGCAAUGUUGUUGCAGUAUAUAGAGAACGGGGAAAUUACUUGCAGCGCUCAGAGCAAUUUGAGAAAGCAAUCCUAGCGUACAACGAGGCCUUACGUUGGAAUAAUGCUGAUGUGCGGUCUCUCCUAGGGAGAAGUUUAGCAAGAGCAAAGGCCACGCAUUAUGGGAGUGCUUUACAGGACGCGGCGUGUGCUGCUGAGCUAGAACCAGAAAACCCGACGGCUCUCCAGAUCCGGGCGCAAACGAAUUAUGAGAAAUGUGCAUUUGAAAGAGCGUUUGUGCUCGCGUGCCGGGGACAAAUGCUGCGGAAAUAUCCUUCCAACUUCGCGGAGUGCGCGCGCUGCGCUGAGGAAACGAUCCGAGAAUGUACAGGAAAAAGCGCCACCAAAGUACUAUCGCUAGCGAAAAAGCUAUGUAACAAUGACUGGCGUAGAGGCUCUGAAACUAUAUGUGACACAAAUGUACUCAUACGUAAAUCGAGGCUGCAGCCAGAACAAACUCAUUACGUCGAAGAAAUAUCUCGCGUGGAAAAGCAAAAGUCAGAACGCAUAUCCCGCUUAAUGGCUUCUAAAUACCUGGAGCAAAUGGCUCAUGAUAAAUAUUUCCUUACUCAGCUAUGUAAGGACGAACGCCUGUGUUCAGCGAAUAGGCAUGGCUCGAAGAAAUUGCAGGAAUUAGCAAAUAAAGCGUUGGCUGACGUGGAGAAAAGACAGGAAGUCUUACGAGAAAGAAGACCUUUGUACGCAGCUCGGGCUUCAGAGGCGGAAGCCAGAGAAAGACUCUCAAGAGCUCGCAAAGAACGAAUGGGCAACGCCCAAAGACAACAUAUAGCGGACGCGGAAAGAUUAGUUCGCGCAGCACAAACCGUCUUCGAGGAACACAAUACAGCAAAAUGCUUAGAGAUAGCUGAGUUCGCUAUGGAACAAAUUUCAAGGAAACCGGCUAGCUUAUUACCGGAGAAAGAUAAGUUCAUUCAGGAGUUGCAAACUAUUGUUGCGCAGGCAUUCCUAGAUCAGAAGCGAGUCAAACACGAAAUGAGUGAAGCCAAUCGUGAGAAUAGGGCUUUUAUACUCUUGGGUAUUGCCAUUUCUCGAGAGCCAAGUCGCGACUCUGUUUUGCGUGUUCGUCCACCUGCACCGCCUAGAGACGUCAAACGUCGUUUGCGUAUAUUAGAGCGAACAUUAUCUCAGAGUACUCGAGCUUCAGAACGAUGUUAUGUCUUACACGAGCUCUGUCGUUUGCAUGCAGACACUAAACAAGCGCAUAGAGCUAAAUUUUACGCUUUGAAAUGUCAGUCAGAGGCGAGGUCAUCAAACCAGCGGGUCUGGUUGCUAAACAUAACGUUCCUGCUGGCUCGUUGCCACUUGCUUCAGAAUAAUCGGCCGGAAACAAGGGCCGCUCUCAUUGAGGGCGCCGGAUUAGCGCGCGUUUAUGGCUAUCGUGACGUCGCGGAUUUCUUUGAUACGUGUGUAAAUGUAUCUAUGGAAGGGGAAGUGGCGUCAAAUGAUGCAGUUCUUGAGAAACGUGAAAAAGCUGUGGUCAGUCUUAUGCAGGAUGAUGACAUGCGUAUGGCAGCUGAACACCUCUUUAGGAAGAUGUCCGUCAUACCGGCAUCAAGGCGAUUUUCGAUAAUGCCUGGCAGCCGCGCGGACGAGUCUCUGCCGACAGUUGCAAACCGCCGCGUAUCGAUCGCGCCGCACGCCCAGCCACCCGUGCGGAUCGCUCGUAAAACUCAACAUCCUCUCGGCUUUCAAGACUUUGAUAUCUAA